GAAUGUCAUCUCAACUUACAAAAAAGCCAUCUUUAAAACUAUAAUUAAACAAGAAGACAUUGGAUAAUUUGGCAAAGGAGAAAACAAUUAUUCCUCCUAGUUCCAAAUGCUCUUAAAAGACUGUCUCCUCUAUUAAUGUAAAUAUAUAACUAUAAUAAUUUAUAUAGACUACUAGCUGUACAUCUUCAUCUUCUAAAUAAAACUAUCCAUGUAAAGAAUCAAAGUCAAAUCCCUCCAAAAAUUCAGAUUAACAUUCAUAAUUAAUUCAAUAUUUGCUCUAAGAAAAUAUAGAAUUAUAAAAAUAGAACUAAGACAAGGAUUAAUUGAUCAAUUUCUUAAGUACAAAACAAUCUCCUAAGAGAAGAUCAAUUUUAAAUACAGAAAGAAGCACUGAAAUCAAAUCUUAAAAACUUCCAUAAAUUUCAUAAGCUAAAAAUUCACUAGAGAUUGAUAAGUAAUUAUUUCUUUAAAUUCAAUAAUAGUUUAAAUGAUGGUAUUUGUGCACCAUUCUGUUUUACAUUUUGUCAAUAAGAUACUUAAAGUUAAUAAAGUGUAAGAAGUAAAAAAUUGCCAAAAGAAUUUUAAAUUGUACCAAACAAAAAAAGAUAUUUUGUAUGA